GCUGAUGGAACAGCCCGGUGCACCCCUCUCCACCCCUGCCAGAGGAAGACAUUUGGUACAUCCCGCCAGUGCUUCUCUAGCUGGUUUGUUACUGACUCAGUAGUAUCAUCAGCAGUCAGCCGAGCAGCAGCCUAAAUUCACACACUAUCUCAUACACACACACAGCAAAGAGUGAGGACGCUAAAGGAGAGAGUUGCAAGAGAAAAGCAAAGAGAUCCGGCUCCUCUCUCCUCUAUUUAUCUGCUGGUUGUGUUGUAUCCCUGAUAUGACCCUGUUCAGCCCAAGAUACAUGAGCAUGAGUGGAGAGUUGAAGUCCAGCCGCUCCAGGGCAGCGAGUAAGAGGGCCAGCAACACCACUUAUGGUUCUGAGUUGGAUCUGGACUAUGACAGCUACCACGAGGACUACUAUGACAGGAUGUAUGACUACCAGCGUGUGCCAGCCUCCCUGUCUCCUCUCUCUUUGGGACCCAGUCUGGCCAAGCGAUCCCGUUCGUCCUCCCACUCCACCGGACAUAGACGCAGUCGAGACAGAACCCACUCCAAAAGCUCCAGAGCUCACUCCACCGGUUCAUCCACGGCCAAGUUAGGCAUGGAGGAGUUGCAGGUGAUUAAAAAGGAGCUGACUCUGAUAAAGACACAGAUCGAUGGGCUGCUCGACAGUCUGGACAGGAUGGACACACAGAAGAAUGACCACAAAGGUUCCCCCCUGAGAGAGGAAAGUCCAGCCGGCUCACCGUACGCUCUGUCUGCAAGCAGCCCCGAGCAUUCCCUCUCCUCCCUCUCCCCACCCAGCUCUCGCCAUCGAAUCCACAGGGAGAGCCCCGACUUGAGGGACCAUGAUGAUGACCACCACACGAUGAGCAACCACAGCUCUGACCCUGAGGAGGAAAUAUGAAGCACAAAAACUAGAGAACGUAGAAGACGUGGAUAAAGUGCCAAACAUGGAGGAAGAGAACAAACAACCACAAAACCAACAUUCAUAUCAGAGGAUCAUCUCCCCUUCAACCGGGUGCACAUUUCAGACAACACAAUGCAUUCAUUGUAUCUCCGCUGCUCUGUUUCUGUGAACAUACUUUCGAGGAACAACACUGACUGGUGACUUAUACGUGCACACAAUUUAGUGGAAUUUACUUUGUCGGGCUGAGGGUGAGUGACAGAGAGAGACUGAUCUUAUCCAGAGAGUAAUUAUAAAGAUUACCUGGAGGCAUGGUGGUGAAUUAAACUUUCCAUAAUCCUGCCUAAUCAGGCGCUUUCUUUUUCUCCGUGUGAGCAGGGUUUCAAGCAGCACCAAUAUUCCAGUAAUAAUCCAGAUAUUGCAAUAUUAAUCCAAACGAGACAAUAGACUUUCUGAUUGGAGCGUUAUGUAAGCAGCUUACCAGUGUAGCUUGCUCUCAUUAAAAUCUUCUGAACAGAAAGCAAAAUGUUGGACUGUACACACAGAAAUAAUGUAUCAUCAUGGUGGCGUACAAGAGGAACUGCACUGUUUGGGCAGCAUCUCCAAAAACAGAAACAUUAAAAAAAUUAAAAAUAAAUCUUUUUUUUAAAUAAGUAUACUUCUGUACAAGAAAGUCAUCAUGCGAAAUCUUGAUUAAAACCAGGUGCCAACUUAUUUCAAGAGUAAUGUAAUUUUUUAGUAUGAAGAAUAGUGUGUGCACGUACUGUAGAAAUGGAAAUCUCUCAGCAAAUGUGAAAGUAUUCAGACCCGUCAAGGCAAAUUCAUCUAUAAAUUCUCAGCCUAAUCACUGAAGAAGGGGUUUUUUUUUCAUGCUGAACUAUGAUAUUUUAAAUUAUAUCAAAAUGUAGCAAUCAAAGUGAAUCAAAGGGAUCCUUUAAUAAUUCCACUGAUCAUUAUCAUUCAGGAGAAAAAAAUGUUGUUUUCUGAUCAAAAGUCUCACAGAUUCUGAAAGGAAUGUUCUAGAAAUGAUGUUGUAGCAGAAACAAAGGUGUUUCAUCUGCUUUAAUGUAUAAGAGGAAUGUUAGAAAUGCUCUUCCACCAUGUAUUUGGCACUUUAAGACAUGCAGACUCCCAGGUCAGUGUGUUAUAUUGUGUAUUACUGUAAACUUUUCUGUAAUUGUUCAGCUGUCUGAUUGGACUUUUGCUUUAGGAUUUAUCAUGUUUUUGUUCUUUUUUUUAACAACAAUGUAUAAUUAUAAUUCCUAAGGUGUUACAUGUUUUUGUUUGCAUACUUAAGAUGAGCCAAGUGGAAAUACUCAUUGUCACAGUAGUAAAAGUAUUUUCAUAUUGAGUAUAAAUACA